AAAACAACAUUUUUUAUGUAAAUAUUCCUAUAAGCCAAUUCAAUUAAUAUUAAAGAACGACUAAAUGGAAAUCGUUUACGUAGGUGAUCGAAAUUCGAAAAAUCGUGCACUUUUAAUAUCAAACGAAGAAUGGAAGAGAUUAGGAAAAAUUUUAACAAAAAAAUUAGACGAAGUAGAUGCGAUAGACGCUAGCAAGCGAUUAAAAGAAAAGCGGCGUGAAAUAUCAAAAAAAAUGGUGGAAGGAUGGGACAACACAAAACUGAACAAAACUAAAAAACUUUUGGAACAAAAACGAAAAGCGCUUUCAGAGUUGGAAGCCCAACGACAGCAAAGAGAUAAGGAGAUGAAACAUGAAGCAAUAGAAACAAGGAACAAAAUUAUCGAAAAAGCAAAAAAACAGAAAUUUGAAGAAAGAGACGCAGUCAAAGCAUUUAACAGAGCUCUUCAAAAUUCCGAAGUAUUUAAAGAAAGAGCAAUUCAAAUUAAUUUUAAUAAGUCUGAAAGAAAAAAGAGGAUAGAUAAUGAUCUUAUGAUUGCUCAAAAACAAAACAGAGAAGCAGAACAGUAUAUAAGAGAUCAGAUAAAUGAAAAAGAUAAAAAUAAACAAAUAAAAAAGGAUAGUGCCAAAAUAUUAUUAAAAGAGUUAAAAGAUCGUGAGAAAAAGAGACACGAAGAAGAACUUACUUUGCAUAAAUUAGGUAAAGAAAAAUUGCAAGAAAUCGCUAGAGAAAUCGAAGAAAUUCGUAAUAAGAAUAUAGUCGAUGUUCAAAUAGCAAAAGAAAAAUUGCAGAAAGAUAUAGAGGAUAAUCGAGAGUUAAUAAGCAUUAAUAACAAGAUGAAGCAAAUAGAAGAAGAUGAAGAAGAAAUGGUGACUGCAAUUAUGGCAGAAACAAAAAAAAUAUUGGCUAGAAAGAGGAUACAAAAAGAAAUAGAACUGACGGAAGUGAAACAAUUAGCAUUGGAAGAAAUGAGAAUGAGAGUAGCUGCUUUGCCUAUGAAGGAUAAAGGAUGGGCCGAGUCUGAUGUACGAAGUGCCAUCGAAAAGCAGGAACAAAGAUAUCAAAAUGGACGGCUUGAAAAAAAGGAGAUAGCCAAAAAGAAAAUAGAACAUGAUCAAAGUGGCAAGAAAUUGUGGGAGGAAGAAAUAUCCAGAAGACGAGAACAGUUAUUCCAGGACAGUGGACGGGAAAUGGAAAGACGUGAACGAGAAAGAAGGUUGUUAGUAGAGUAUGGGGAAUUGCAUAAGUUUACACAAAUAAAAAAUGCCAAUGAGAUCCGAAAAAAUCUUGAUAAACAAUGUAACGAUAAAAAGUUAGCACUGAUGGCAGAUAGACAAGCUGAUAUUAAUCGUUACAAAGCAUUUGAACAGCAGUGGCAUGAAGAAGACAAGGAAUUUUUAGCUUAUACAGAAAACAUGAUUGAGUUAAAGAAACAGGCUGGGAAUCCAACAGUACCACUUCUCAAAACAGUGAAUAAUUAUCUCAAAACCAACAAUUUGAAAAUGGAUUCAAACAAUAAGGUCAUUAAGAAAGAGCCAAAAGGCCCAAUUUAUACAUCAAGAAUUAUACAUCAAACUAAUUAAAUUUUUUUUUAAAAAUUUAUUUUGAGUAAAAAUUAUAAAAUACAUAUAAAUAUAUUAAA